CACUAAACACACCCCAUACACGUGCACGAGCGUGCGCGAGUGCACGUAGCACCGUGCGGCACGCUGCCGACAUCUCGGCGCAGGAACGCAGACGUGACGGCGCGGGGCUCCAACCCACGGAAUCCGUGAUGCUGGCCCUAUAAAAAGUGCACCAAGGUCUGCUCCACACUCCACAGCCGAUCUUCUCUUUGCGCACACCUGCUGGUCUUCCUGCCCACCUGCUUGUCUUCCCGGGCGCGUCAAUGCCGCACGCCAACAACUCCUUCAGCUCCGGUCGAGAGCUCCUGGACUUCCACCAGCUGCCCCCGAGCGGCCCCGUGGAUUCUGACACGGACAAUAACGAUGCGAGUCGAGCAUGCGUUUUCACGGGGGCGUCCGCCCCGGCCCAGAACGGACAAAAGGUGGCGUGCUGGGGUCAGCUGUGCGGCUGGGGGGCGCUGACCCCCAAAGCCAUCCAGGUGUUCAACACGCCCCGCUGGGUGCUGUUCUUCCUGUGCGUGGCCUCCUUCCUGCAGGGCAUGAUCAUCAACGGCUUUGUCAACACGGUGGUGACGUCCAUCGAGAGGCGCUUCGACCUGCACAGCUACCAGUCGGGCGUCAUCGUCAGCUCCUACGACAUCGCCGCCUGCGUCUGCCUCGCCUUCGUCAGCUACUUCGGCGGCACGGGCCACAAGCCCCGCUGGCUGGGCUGGGGCGUGCUCCUCAUGGGGCUGGGCUCGCUGGUCUUCGCCUUGCCGCACUUCACCACGCCGCCGUACCGGGUCAGCCUGUCCCAGCAGGCCGGCAUGUGCGGUGGCAACCGGACCGGCCUGUGCCGGGACAGCGGCAACGCGGGUCUGUCCGGGUAUCGUUACGUCUUCAUGCUGGGACAGUUCCUGCACGGCAUGGGAGCCACGCCCCUCUACACGCUGGGAGUCACCUACCUGGACGAGAACGUCAAGUCCAACUACGGGCCGGUUUACAUCGGGAUCUUCUACACUGCUGCCAUUGUGGGCCCGGCUGUGGGCUACCUGCUGGGGGGCUACUUCCUCAACAUUUACACCGAAACCUCCCUCACGACAGAGAUGACCCCGGAGAACCCCCUGUGGGUCGGUGCGUGGUGGAUCGGCUUCCUGGUGGGCGGGGCCGCCGCUCUGCUGGUGGCGUUUCCCAUCCUGGGCUACCCGAGACAGCUGCCAGGGCACAAGACGGUGCGCUUGUCCGAGGCCCACCAGCUCAAAGACGGCAGCCACACUACAGCUUCUGACCCUCAGUUUGGCAAGUCGGUCAAAGACAUGCCCAGGUCUGUGCUCCUCCUCCUGAAGAAUCCCACCUUCUUGUUUCUGUGCUUGGCGGGGGCCACCGAGGCCACCCUCAUCAGCGGCAUGUCCACCUUUGGUCCCAAGUUCUUGGAGGCACAGUUUAGCCUCAGCGCGUCUGAAGCUGCCACCUGGUUUGGCUUGAUGGUGGUACCUGCGGGAGGAGGCGGUACCUUCCUGGGCGGCUACAUGGUGAAGCGACUGAACCUGCGCUGUCGAGACAUCAUUCGCUUCUGCAUCGUCUGCGGCGUGGUCAGCCUGGCCGCCAUCUUCAUUUUCUUCAUCAACUGCCCCAACGUGCGGAUGGCCGGCGUGGACGUUCCGUACUCGGACUUGGGUCCCUCGUAUGACCGACUGCACGGCGCAGGAAACUGGAGCUCCUGGGCGCCGCAGAGCUUGAACGCGGACUGCAACGCGGCGUGCGGCUGCGGCCGGGAGCUGUACAACCCGGUGUGCGGCGCCGACGCCAUCAUGUACUACUCGCCAUGCCACGCCGGCUGCAGCGCCUUCAACCAAACGUCUAACAUAGGCAGAAAGGUCUACUCAGGCUGCAGCUGCGUGGUGGCCAACGCCACCCAGGACGUGGGCGUAGCGGUGGCAGGAAAGUGCAGCAGCGCCUGCAACCACAUGUUAGUCUUCCUCAUCUUUUGCUUCGUGGUGAUGAUGUUCACCUUCCUCUGCAGCAUCCCCGCUCUCACCGCCACGCUCAGGUGCGUGCCCGACAGCCAGAAAUCCUUCGGUCUCGGGAUCCAAUGGAUUCUGGUGCGCACCUUGGGCGGCAUUCCGGGUCCCAUCGCUUUCGGCUCUAUGAUCGACGUCUCCUGCCUCCUGUGGCAGGACCAGUGUGGAGAUCCAGGUUCUUGCUACCUCUACCAGAACUCCGCCAUGAGCCGCUACAUGCUAAUUGCCGGCGUCAUCUAUAAGGUUUUGGGCACCGUCUUCUUCUUGCUGGCCAGCGUCUUGUACCAACCUCCUCCGGAGUCGCCUCAAAACCCUGAUCCCAAAAGCAGAGACAAAAAAGACUUGCCUGUGAAAGAUCUUCCUGCGGACAGAGUCAUCGCCAACCCGCAUGCUUGGUUGUGAUGUCCAAGAGAAUUGCUGACCUUGGUCUGAUUCCCUGGUGCUUCUUCAACCUUCUACACCUUCAGCCUUAACAAAGUUCAACAGGACUUCUAUAGCAUGAAUCAACGUUUUGUCUGACGGGCACUAAAACUUUCCUAUUGUUCAAGUUCCAGAGACUUAUAUGUGGGCCAACUGAGCAGUUUUGCUUAGGGAGUCCAGAUCUGUAUCCAUGUCGACCACGAUCCUUAACUAACCUCAACCAGUUCUGGUGGGAAUGUUUCUUAGUCAGUAAACCGAACAACUGGAUUAGUCCUGGCCUGUGUCCAAGUCUGUUACCAUCCUAAACAAACCUCUACAACCAGACAGGUUUACACCAGAACCUGGAUCAGUUCUGGUAGAAAUGUUGACUGUCCUUCGACUUCAUUAACCAGAUUAGUUCCAGACACUUAUGUGCCAGUUGGAGCAGUUCCUAAAUAUUUUUAAUCAGAUUAGUUCCAGACACUUCUAGAACAGAUUUGGUGGGAAAGCUCCUUAGCAACGGACCGAACUGGAGUUAGUCCUGGCCUAUGUACACAUCUGUUACCAUCCAAAACAAACCUUUACAAUUAAGUUCCAGACACGUGCACACCAGGUUCUGGUGUCAUGUGACCAAACUAUAUUCUUUGAGUCCUGGUCUGCCACAAUCCUCAACCAACCAGUCUUCAAACCGUCAAUUUAGUGUCUUGAUUUCAACCGUUUCCUUCUGACAUCUUAAAAAGCUGCAGAGACUUGUGCACCAGGUUUGUUUUUUUAUGGUUGCGAAAGUUCAGAAUGUUCAUAGUCCACAGAGAACUACAGUAGAGUUCUAGUUUUUUUCCAUGUCUGACACAAUCUGGAACCAACUUUCUCCCACCUGUCAGAUUGGCCUCAACUCCCACAGGAUUUGACACCAGAACUUGCACUAAUUUUGAUUUGCAGGACUUUGUUCUAUCCUAAAUUUUGACUUGUAGGACUUUGUUCACAAAUUUUGACUUGCAGGACUUUGUUCUAUCCUAAAUUUUGACUUGUAGGACUUUGUUCACAAAUUUUGACUUGCAGGACUUUGUUCUCACACAUUUUGACUUGCAGGACUAGAACAAAUGUUGACUUGCAGUACUUUGUUCUCACACAUUUUGACUCGAAGGACUUAUUUGUCACAAAUUUGGACUUGCAGGACUAGAACAAAUUUUGACUUGCAGUACUUUGUUCUCUCAAAUUUUGACUUGCAGGACUUUGUUCUCACAAAUGUUGACUUGCAGGACUAGAACAAAUGUUGACUUGCAGUACUUUGUUCUCACAAAUUUUGAGUCAAAGGACUUUGUUCUCACAAAUUUUGACUUGCAGGACUAGAACAAAUUUUGACUUGCAGUACUUUGUUCUCUACAAUUUUGUCUUGCAGGACUUUGUUCUCUCAAAUUUUGACUUGCAGGACUUUGUUUUCUCAAAUUUUGACUUGUAGGACUUUGUUUUCUUAAAUUUUGACUUUCCCACAAAUUUUUACCUUGCAGGACUUUGUUCUCUCCUAAAGUUUGACUUGCAGGACUUUGUUCUCACAAAUUUUUACUUGCAGGACUUUGUUCUGACACAUUUUGACUUGCAGGACUUUGUUCACACAAAUUUUUACUUUCUUACAAAUUUUGCAUUUCAGGACUUUGUUCUCCCAAAUCUUGACUGGCAGGAUUUUGUUCUUAACUUGCAGGACUUUGCUCUCCCAAAUUUUGAUUUGCAGGACUUUGUUCUCACAUAUUUUGACUUGCAGGACUUUGUUUUCUUAAAUUUUGACUUUCUCACAAAUUUUACCUUACAGGACUUUGUUCUCUCCUAAAUUUUGACUUGCAGGACUUUGUUCUCACAAAUUUUUACUUGCAGGACUCUGUUCUGACACAUUUUGACUUGCAGGACUUUGUUCUCACAAAUUUUUACUUUCUCACAAAUUUUGACUUGCAGGUCUUUGUUCUCCCAAAUCUUGACUGGCAGGACUUUGUUCUUAACUUGCAGGACUUUGUUCUUAACUUGCAGGACAUUGCUCUCCCAAAUUUUGAUUUGCAGGACUUUGUUCUCACAAAUUUUUACUUGAAUUGUGAACUUUACAUAUUGCACAUUUUCCCCACAUAAAUGAAGACAAUUUGUCAGCCCAACUUUAUUCUGAUCAAAUUAAUAUUUUCCCCUCAAACUUGACAUCUGGCGGUCAUUUUGUUCUCCAACAUUCUCCAACAGUCUGAUACUUCUUAGAAAAUCUUAGAAAAUGAAGACGUGAUCACCAAAAAGUUCCUUUGUUCACAGUUGUUGUGACAUCAGACGUGCCAAAGCAACUUCCUGCUUUUAUAUGUAAAUAUUUCAUGUUUAAAAUAUUAUUGUGUUGUUUUGUACUCCUACUUACUUGGCUUUCUGUUUUUUUAAACCUAUUUUUUAUGGUAAAAUGUCCACAUUUUCUAUGAACAAGAAAUAUUCGAAUGAGCAGGCCCAUAAUAAAAACCUUCCAUGAUUUUCUUGCUAUUCAUUUUCUUCAGGAUGGAGUUGGGCGAGGUUCCGGGUUUUGAUCAAGGUUAGGAUUGGAGUCAAGGUCUAGAUCUGGGGGGUUAGGCUUUGGGUUCGCCAUAAAAUUGAAGUUAUUUGUUUAGCAAUGAGAAGCUCAAUUCAACCUGACUGGAGUCUUCAGGUUAGACUCCUAGACCAGUCCUUUUCAUACUGGUACUGGUACCACUAAACACGGUGUGACUGUUCAACGUGUGUGUGAUGUUACAGUGACCAAGAAGAUCAAAUAUACUUGCUAAAAAUAUUAAACCACGCCCUUGUUUUUAACGAAUACUUAGGCCUACUACCCCACUGUAGUACUUUGUGAAAACUAGACCUUCAAUAUACUGUGAUUGCAUGAAUUAGGUGAAGGGAUAAAAAGAUGGCAUACCGACAAUAAAAGAACUGCACUGAACACAAAUAUAAAAAUAUAUUUCAGGUUUAAUACUUUUAUUCCCAAUGUAAAUCUCCUCAACACCGCACUAAGUGAAUCCUUUUUUUUUUGGCCGCGUUACUUUGUUCUUUAAGUUGAGGUGGAGUGGUAAUUAUUUGUGUUUGAUCAUUCAUGAAGUUAGGCUCAUAAGUUGAAUAAUGCGGACACGUUUGUUACUGGAUACCUUCUAGUACUGCCUUGGAGACUUUGUAUGUGUGAGUGAUAUGUAAGUAGAAUUAUUUGAUGCUUGUUUACGUUGAAAAAUGUUCAUUUUUCAAUGAUUAUUACCUCUUGUGCUAUUGUGUGCUUAGCUGUUGUUUAGCUGCUACAGCCUUACAUGUGUACCUUUUGUAAACGACUUCAAUUACUUUGCACAAGUAAACCCGCUGCAGGACUACCUUUUUUUCUUUUUUUUUUUUUUUAAAUAUCGGGUCGAUACAUGAUACCAAUAUUGGAUCAAAACACUCGGGUUUUUUUUUAGUUGAUUUUGACAAACAUUUUAGGUUCAUGUUUGAGCGUUGAAGUGGUCGAUCAUAAAGUCCAAAGUUCAAAUGUUUGUAGAAAACCAGAAACAACUUCAAAGGUGGAAUU